AUGCCUGACAUAUGGAGCGGAGACAUUCUGCUCCCCGAUGGCAACUCAAUUAAAGAUGUCGGCCUCGCGUCCCAUACCCUCGCGUCGUCACCCGCCAUUCCUGGUCCCGCCCUCCACUUCCUCUCCACCGUUGACACUGCUAAGAUUCCACUAUAUAUCGCCGCAGGACCGAGCCUAAAUGUCUGGACGACAAGCGAAGAUACAGAAGCAUGGUUCGAGUCGAUUUUGCUUAGCAAGCCUACUCCCACCAUUGGAACGUCGGGCAGCGCUGCUGCCAACGAGUGGUGGCAUCUUGCGCGCUCGCAGUCGCCAAUUGGGAUCUUAGUCCAAGUUCAGGAUGUAGCACAAGAGGGUCAGCGGCCCAGAGUGACCGAGUUGCUUUUUUACGGUACCAUAGCAGGUCCCACAGCGGGGCUCCCAACACCACCGUCGUCUUCGCCUUAUCCCCUUGAUGCACCAGCCGAACCCUUACUCGAGCUCCGCGUACAUGCAUUGCCGCUAUCGUCUGAUCUUCUAUACCAUCAGAGUGUCGAACCGUCCUUCCAUGACGAUGUCCAAUUUCUACCGCCGCUGCAUGACAGCCAUUUUACACCCAAAUCACCAAAGCGAACGCGAGAUAUCUUUGAAGAGGCGACCAUUGCGAAUAAGAAGGCGAGGGGAAAGGGUGGGCAGGGUGUUGCGGCUGCAGCUGCUCGAGCGAGUGAAUCGCAACAGCAGCAGUAUAGUCAUCGGAAGUCGCUCUCUAUCGAUAUUAAACCUCCCCCUUUCCCAGACUUUAGGCCACCGUCUGCCAACAGCGGACUUUCCCGUAACAACUCGCGUCAAUUAUCCCGCUCACCGAGUGUAUCUUCUGACACACGACCUUUGAGUCGUAAAGGCCUUGCAGACGGACACGGCAAACGCUCUAACCUUUCGCAAGUCGCUACCGUACCGCUACAACCAGAGGAGCCCACAACAGAAUCGAGGAACAAGGAAGCUCUUUCGCGAGUAGUCAUGGCGGCAAUGCGCAUGCACGGGAUGCAUCAGCGGAAGAAGAGCAGAUCACGCGGCGUAUCUGUAGCUCCGGGCGUUGAAGAGAGCCAGCAGAUGAGCGAAGAGACCACCGCUGAAGAAGUCGCUAAUGACGACGAAUUUAAGCUAAUUUAUCACCAGACGUACAAAGGCGCAGCACUGGCCCUGCGCAAGCACAUGGCGGAUAAACCAUUGCAUGUCCAGUCAGCCCGAUUGCGCGACGUUGUCGAGAAACUACUCGUGAUAUUCCUGAGCGACCCACUUGCGGAAGUACCUUCGAAUGAGACUGCAAACCCUGUAGCUACCCCGGGCAGUAGUCGGAAGCUCGGUGUCCCCAGGUCAAACCAAAGCCAUGCUAGCCCUUUCGAUCUUCCUAGUAUAGCUCGGGCGGGCGUGACUAGGUCUGUGACCGACACUCAAUUUCACACUGGGUCGCCAGUGAGCAAAAGGAAGGUCAACGCAACAUAA